ACCCCGCCCCCCACUUUCCUGCGUUCUGAUUGGACGAUGCGCCCUUCCUAGUCCUGAGCUUGCAAAGAGCAAAGGGCAAGAGCUGCAAACAGCUGUUAGAGAAGCAGCGUUUCUGGAGGGAGCCUGGAAACCAGGCUUGGAUGAAGGGGCCUCUGCGCAGAGCUCUUUCCGAGGGUCUUGGGACACGUUUUCAGGGGUCCCGGGGGGCUUCCGGCCUCUGCGGUGGAGCCAUGCGCCUGGUCCAGUUCCGCACCGAAGGACCGGCGUCGGAGGCCCGGAUUGGCCUGGAAGAGAAGGAUGGAGGGGACAUCCUGGACCUCAACGCCUUGGACCCUUCUCUGCCCAAGUCCAUGCGGGGAUUUUUGGAGGCUGGAGAGGCUGCCCUCGGAGUGGCCAAGAGAGCAGAGGCGUCCGGACAGCGCACCAUUCCCCGUUCCCAAGUGACGCUUUUGGCUCCCGUCACGAACCCUGACAAAGUGAUUUGCGUGGGGAUGAACUACGUGGAUCACUGCUUGGAGCAGAACGUGAAGAUCCCUAAAGAGCCCAUCAUCUUCAGCAAGUUCUCCAGCUCCAUCGUGGGGCCCUACGACCCCAUCGUCCACCCGGCGGAGAGCAACGAAGUCGACUGGGAAGUGGAGCUUGCUUUCGUCAUUGGGAAGAAAGGCAAACACAUCCAGGAGACGGAUGCCAUGUCCCAUGUGGCUGGUUAUACCGUGGCCCACGACGUCAGCGCCCGGGACUGGCAGAUGAAGCGGAACGGCAAGCAGUGGCUUUUGGGGAAAACCUUCGACUCCUUUUGCCCGCUGGGCCCGGCUCUGGUCACCAAGGACGCCGUCUCAGAUCCUCACAACCUGGGGAUCCGCUGCCGCGUGAAUGGGGAGCUGGUCCAGAACAGCAGCACCAAGCAGAUGAUCUUCAAAACGGAAGCGCUGGUCGCUUGGGUCUCCCGGUUUGUCACUUUAUACCCAGGAGACGUUUUCCUCACGGGGACUCCGCCCGGGGUUGGGGUCUUCCGGAAACCCCCCGUCUUCCUCAAGAAAGGGGACGAAGUGGAGUGCGAAAUCGACGAACUGGGAACUAUCCGAAACAAAGUGGUGUGAAGUCUGCGUGCCUUUGCCGACAUCCAUCACGAAUUCAGACAAGAUUUAUUCCUCCUCAUCAAGCAACACAAGAACUACUGGUAGGUUCCUGCACAUUUCAAUGGGGAAAAAAGUAAACAAAGACUCCGAAGAUGAGUCCUUUAUACUUUGCAUCUCAUCCGUGCCUUUGGAUAGACCUAUUGGAUGUGACCAAUAUUUCCCCUUGACUGUUAAUUAAAUUACAAUAAAAUCGCCACUAAAAUCACACUGAAAUCAAA